CGUUACUACAUAUUUCUAUAAGCGAAAACCAUCAAUAUGCUGCCUUCUACCUUGAUAAUUGCGACCCUGGGCGCUUUAGUACUAGGAGCUCCCACUCCACAAGGAGCCAGUUCUUUUGACGUGAUUCCGAGGUCUCCAUCUUCCAAUCAGGUUGACUUCGCUAAGCGAAUGAUCAUUGUUGCUGCAGAGGUUGAUCAGACCGAAGAGUUCGAUGAGGACGAGGACAGUGAAUAAAAGCACUUCCUGGGUUCUCUACCUCUAGUAACUAUAUUCGGUACCGCGAUAUUGACCUUCGGUCAAGACACAUCGACAUAUAUACGGCAUGUGAAAGUAGAGGCCUCGGGAAGGUCACCGGUCGGUCCAAGGACGAAAACCAUGGAUUGCUUGAAUGUUACAAAUUCUAUCAUGUCCGAUUCGAUAGCCUCUUAUCCCUUCAUAAAAACAAGAAACGAGGACUUCUUUUGGGGCUAUUUAAUGUAUGGGUUCCAAUUCAUCUUGGCGCGA